CAUGCAGUGCUGCAAGUGAUCGCAUCCAUGGCGCUCGUAAUGGUAAUGCUGUGGCCACUGUUCGCUUAUAGCCAGGUGUCUUCGCUGUAUUUCAAUGUUAAUGUCACAUUGGGCACUGUUAAAGUGUUGCGCAAAUGCACUUUUAUGCCGCCACCCGAGAUUGAACUUGGCUUUGGCAUAGUAUCUUGCAUUGCGAGCUAUGCUAUACCGCUCGGUGGAAUGAUAUAUUGGUACGUUUCGGUGCCAUUUUUUCUCAGGAAGCGAGCUGGCAAUUCUCUUGCUUGCGGCAAGUUCGUCUUGCAUUUUGAAAAAUUAAAAAAAAAAUUUCCAAACGAGUAA